AUGCCGGGGCCCGGGCCCCGCGCGGACGAGGGCGGCGGGGGCGGCGGGGGCGAGGGCGCGGGGCCGGGGCGGGAGCCGGCGCGCCUGUGCGGCUACCUGCAGAAGCUGUCGGGCAAGGGCCCGCUGCGCGGCUACCGCAGCCGCUGGUUCGUGUUCGACGCGCGGCGCUGCUGCCUCUACUACUUCAAGAGCCCGCAGGACGCGCUGCCGCUCGGCCGCCUGGACAUCGCCGGCGCCUGCUUCAGCUACCCGGGCCCCGACGAGGCGGCCGAGCCCGGCGCCGAGCCGCCCGCGCACUUCCAGGUGCACAGCGCGGACGCCGUCACGGUGCUCAAGGCCCCCAACCGCCAGCUCAUGACCUACUGGCUGCAGGAGCUGCAGCAGAAGCGCUGGGAGUACUGCAACGGCCUGGACAUGGUCAAGUGGGACAGCAGGACCUCCCCCACCCCCGGGGACUGCUCCCAGGGCCUGGUGGCCAGAGGCGCCCCAGAAUUCCUGUACCCACACCCCAACGCUUCCGCCGAAAAAGCCCGAAACGUCCUUGCUAUAGACGCAGCCCCCGGAGAGCUGGUGGGAGAACAGGCCGCCAGCCAGCCGGCCCCGGGGCCCCCCAACUCCAUCAACUUCUCUCUGAAGCAGUGGGGCGCCGAGCUCAGAAACUCGAUGUCUUCCUUCCGCCCGGGGAGGGGCCAGGACAGCCGGAAGAGCGUGUUCUACACCCACGAGGAGUGGGAGCUCCUGGACCCCAGCCCCAAGGACCUGGAGGAGUCGGCCGCGCAGGAGGAGAGACGGAGGCCGGCACCGGAGGGAAGCAGAGGAGGCACCGGCUCCGGCUUCCUCUUCGAUCUGGGCCGUGUUCCCUACAAAGGCAGGCGCCCCCUGAAGGACAUGAUCGGGUCGUACAAGAGCCGCCACAGCAGCGGGGACCCCGCCCCCGAGAGCACGCCGGGGGCGCCAGGGGGUGCCGGGGGCGCCAGCCGGACCUCGGACCCUGACGCGCAGCAGCAGGUGCAGAGCCAGCAGGAGGAGCUGGAGCGUCUGCGCAAGGAACUGUCGAGCCAGAAGGAGCUGGUGCGGCUGCUGCAGCAGACGGUGCGCUCCUCGCAGUACGACAAGUACUUCGCCGGCAGCCGGCUGUGCGACGGGCCCCCCCAGGACACGCUGGCGCUGCUGCACCAGAAGGACGACCAGAUCCUGGGCCUGACCCACCAGCUGGACCGGCUGGCGCUGGAGAAGGAGAGCCUGCAGCAGGAGGUGCGCACGCUGAAGGCCAAGGUGGGCGAGCUCAGCGAGCAGCUGGGCAUGCUCAUGGAGACCAUCCAGGCCAAGGAUGAGGUCAUCAUCAAGCUGUCGCGGCAGCUCAGCGAGAGCGAGGGCCGCGCCGCCUCCCCCACCCCGGCGCCCGGCUCCCCCGCCGCCGCCAGCCCGGCCAGCAGGGACCAGCAGGAGCUGGACAGGCUCAAGGACAACCUGCAGGGGUACAAGACCCAGAACAAAUUCCUCAAUAAGGAAAUCUUGGAGCUCUCGGCGCUGCGGAGAAAUGCGGAGAGGAGGGAGAGGGACCUGAUGGCCAAGUACGCGAGCCUGGAGGCCAAGCUGUGCCAGGUGGAGAGCAAGUACCUUAUCCUCCUGCAAGAGAUGCAGGCGCCCGUGUGCGCCGAGGAGCAGGGGCCCGCCCGCGAGGUCAUCGCCCAGCUGCUGGCCGACGCGCUGCAGGUCGAGGGCCCGGAGCAGCCCGAGCAGGCGCUGGUGAAGCCGCGUCUCGUCAGCGAGUACGACAUCUACGGGUUCAGGACGGUCCCCGAGGACGACGAGGAGGAACGGCUGGUGGCCAAGGUCCGGGCGCUGGACCUGAGGAGCCUGUCCCUGGCCGAGAACCAGGAGGUGUCCACGGGGGUCAAGUGGGAGAACUACCUGGCGGGCACGAUGACGCGGGAGAUGGCGCGCUCGCCGGAGCUGAAGAGCCUGAUCCGGGCGGGCAUCCCGCACGAGCACCGGUCCAAGGUGUGGCGCUGGUGCGUGGACCUGCACACGCGCAAGCUCCGCGAGGCCGCGGCGCCCGGCUACUUCGCGGCCCUGCUGCGGGCGGCGCUGGAGAAGCAGAACCCCGCCUCCCAGCAGAUCGAGCUGGACCUGCUGCGCACGCUGCCCCACAACCGGCACUACGCCGGCCCCGCCUCCGAGGGCAUCCAGCAGCUGCGCCACGUGCUGCUCGCCUUCUCCUGGCGUAACCCCGACAUUGGCUACUGCCAGGGCCUGAACAGGCUGGUGGCCGUGGCCCUGCUGUACCUGGAGCAGGAGGACGCCUUCUGGUGCCUGGUCGCCAUCGUGGAGGUGUUCAUGCCGCGAGAUUACUACACCAAGACGCUCCUGGGCUCCCAGGUGGACCAGCGGGUGUUCCGGGACCUGAUGAGCGAGAAGCUGCCGCGGCUGCACGCGCACCUGGAGCAGCACAAGGUGGACUACACGCUCAUCACCUUCAACUGGUUCCUGGUCGUGUUCGUGGACAGCGUGGUCAGCGACGUCCUCUUCAAGAUCUGGGACUCCUUCCUGUACGAGGGGCCCAAGGUCAUCUUCCGUUUCGCCCUCGCUCUUUUCAAAUACAAGGAGGAGGAGAUCCUGAAACUGCAAGACUCCAUGUCCAUCUUCAAGUACCUCCGCUACUUCACCCGCACGAUCCUCGACGCCCGGAAGCUCAUCGGCAUCGCCUUCGGGGACCUGAACCCGUUCCCCCUGCGCCAGAUCCGCAACCGGCGGGCCUACCACCUGGAGAAGGUGCGGCUGGAGCUGACGGAGCUGGAGGCCAUCCGCGAGGACUUCCUCCGCGAGCGGGACGCCAGCCCCGACAAGGGCGCGCUGGUCAGCGACGAGGAGGACACCUGAGCGCGCCCGUGGCCCCGCUCCGGGCGCCCCUGUUUACAGCCUCUUCCCGCCAAGCGCUCAGCCCCACGCAUCCCGGCCCGGGCCCGACCGACCGACGGACCGACGGGUGCAGGGCCGGGCCUACCGGUCCAUCUGCUCCUCUCAGGGGCCUGUUUACAGUGCGGUUAGCGUGUGGGGUCUGCGCCCCGAGAACGCCCCCGGGGGGGGGGCACCUCCCGUGCUGGGCACGGGGCUCACAGACACCCCCCCACCCCCCGCUGGAGCGUGGCCGCCUCCGUGGCCUGAGGUUGAGAAGCAGCCUGUAGGGACCUGACAGCCUGCGGUGGCUCCCACGGCCCGGGGGGUCCCCUGCAUCACCCCACGCACCCCGGCUCCUCCCCGGUGUCCGCAGGCGCCCCGAGUCCUGAGGACGCUCCGUGCGGGAUUCCGGGGGGACUGGCCCCCGUCCUGCAGGGCAGGCCACCCCACAGCCUCUGUCGGGGGGCUGGGGCGCAGCCCCUGAGCGAGGCCUGGGCACCCCGAGCCCCGGGGAGGCGUUUGCACGGGGAAGGCGGCCGGGUCUCCGGGUCUCCGUGCUCCGCGCGCUGAGCAGACGGAGGGGAGCGCGGCCAUGGCGACCCGUUUCCCGGCGGUUCACGCCCCGGAGCCGCGCACUCAGACCAGGGCGGCUGGUGCGGUUUGGAGGCGCCUUCACUCUGGUUGGGGGCGCGUGUGGGAGGGUCCCCCCUCCCCAACCCCCCACCCCCACCCCCCGCAGCCAUCGGGGCCGGGCCCUCCCUGUGCGGAGGGAGCUGGUCUCCCUUCACCCAACGCCAUCGCCUCCCUUCCGGGGCGGCCGUGCGUUUUCCAUCGUCCGCGUCGCUGGGAGCAGGGGUUCGAGGCCCGGCUUCCCCGGGAGCUGCCCGGCGGGGCCUGUGGGGGGGCCUCCCUGCUCCCUGAGCGCCCCCCCCCCCCAGGCUGGGCCUGGCUCCCUGGGAAUCAGCUCCUUCGGUCCGUUUGGAAGGACCUGAGCCGGACCGGGCCGCACGGGGCGGGACCUCCGCGCUCAGGGGCCGGGCAGGGGCGGGGGCGCCACGCGGUGGGAA